GGAAGCUACUUUGCCAGCCACUUCAUCAUGGGAGGAGAGAAGUUUGACUCCACUCACCCCGAAGGUUACUUGUUCGGAGAAAACAGCGAUCUGAACUUCCUGGGGAACAGACCAGUGGUGAGUCCACUUCCUUAGGCAACUUCUAGGACCAACUGGUUUAGGUCAGGCUCUCUGGAAGCAAGCCUGAGAUGGAGAUCUUUGUGAAAGCUGUUUAUUGAAGGAAUGCUUUCUGGAGAAGCUGGAUAACAGAAGCCAGAUGGGGCAGGGAAGCAACACUAAGCAACAAUGUGGUCUUGGUGGAGACUUGCUUCAGCCUGGUCCCUCGGGAAAGCUUUGGAGUACAACUUGUACGCAGACUGGCCCCGACUGGAGUGAACACAGCUCUGUGACCAGCAUCCAGAUCAAGAAAUAGCACAUGGCCAGCCCCGAAGCUCCCCUGGUACCCACUUCCAAUCACUGCCUCCACCCCAAGUUUCCUUAUGCUGCCCCACCUCCCCAAGAACCAGUGAAGACUCUGAGAAGCCUGAUCAACAUUCGAAAGGACACGCUAAGACUCGUCAAAUGCGCUGAGGAAGUGAAGGCCCCUGGAGAGGAGGCCAGCAGAGCCAAAGUCCACUACAACGUGGAGUUCACCUUUGACACUGACGCUCGUGUGGCCAUCACCAUCUAUUAUCAGGCCACUGAAGAGUUCCAGAAUGGUAUUGCCAGCUACAUCCCCAAAGACAACAGCCUACAGUCGGAGACGGUGCACUACAAGCGAGGCGUGUGCCAGCAGUUCUGCCUGCCCUCCCACACCGUGGACCCCUCCGAGUGGGCGGAGGAGGAGCUUGGCUUCGAUCUGGACAGAGAAGUUUAUCCGUUAGUGGUCCACGCUGUGGUGGAUGAAGGAGACGAGUAUUUUGGCCAUUGCCAUGUACUGCUGGGCACUUUUGAAAAGCACACAGAUGGAACUUUCUGUGUCAAGCCCCUCAAACAGAAACAAGUCGUAGAUGGGGUCAGCUACCUCCUUCAGGAGAUCUAUGGAAUUGAAAACAAGUACAACACACAAGAUUCAAAGGUGGCUGAGGAUGAAGUGAGCGAUAACAGUGCCGAGUGUGUGGUGUGCCUGUCGGAUGUCCGGGACACCUUGAUCCUGCCGUGUCGCCACCUCUGCCUGUGUAACACCUGUGCGGACACCCUGCGCUACCAGGCCAACAACUGCCCCAUCUGCCGCCUGCCCUUCCGGGCACUGCUGCAGAUCCGAGCCAUGAGGAAAAAACUGGGCCCCUUGUCCCCAACCAGCUUUAACCCCAUCAUCUCCUCCCAGACGUCUGACUCGGAGGAGCAUUCGUCCUCAGAGAACAUUCCUCCAGGCUAUGAAGUGGUGUCUCUUCUGGAGGCCCUCAACGGGCCCCUCACCCCGUCCCCCGCGAUCCCUCCACUCCACGUGCUUGGAGAUGGCCACCUCUCAGGAAUCCUGCCUUCCUAUGGCAGCGACGGCCACCUGCCCCCUGUCCGGACGCUCUCCCCGCUCGACCGCCUGUCUGACUGCAGCAGCCAAGGACUCAAGCUCAAAAAGAGUCUCUCCAAAUCCGUCUCCCAGAAUUCUUCUGUGUUGCAUGAAGAGGAAGAUGAGCUUUCUUGCAGUGAAUCUGAGACGCAGCUCUCCCAGAGGCCCUCAGCUCAGCAGCUGGGAGAGGAAUGUGGCGUAACUCCAGAAAGUGAGAACCUUACCCUGUCGUCGUCAGGAGCUGUUGGCCAGUCGUCUUGCACUGAGACGCCUCUCUCUUCCACAAUUUCCUCCCCGGAAGACCCCGCCAGCAGCAGCCUGGCCCAGUCGGUCAUGUCCAUGGUGUCCUCCCAGAGCCAGCACUCCCAGAUCAGCACCGACACGGUCUCCUCCAUGUCCGGCUCCUACAUCGCCCCCGGCACUGAAGAGGAGGGCGAGGCUCUCCCUUCCCCCCAGGCCGCCAGCGAGGCCCCUUCAGAAGAAGGAGAGAUGAUGCCGGCAGCGUCUCCAGACAGCAACUCCGUCAGCCUCGCUGAAGGGCAGGAUGCAGAGGGAAAUGAUGUUAUAGAGGAAGAGGAUGGAUCACCCACGCAAGAAGAUGGCCAGAGGACAUGCGCAUUUCUAGGUAUGGAGUGUGACAAUAACAAUGACUUUGACAUCGCAAGCGUGAAAGCACUGGACAAUAAGCUGUGCUCUGAGGUCUGCUUACCCGGUUCCUGGCAGGCCGAUAACAACGUCAGUCGUCGGAACACGCAGCACCGGCGCUUGUCAUCCGGCAGCCUGGAAGACCCCGAGAGCAGGCCCUGUGUGUGGGGCCCUUUGGCCAUCUGAGAGCCCAGCCCCUGUACCAGGACUCCUCUCCGUCCUCGCCUUCCGUCCUGGCCUCCCAGGACCACUGGCCUCCUGGGCAUCCUCAGCAAGACACAGGGAGACUUUUUAUAUCCACGUGAAAGCUGGAUGUUGAGGUCACUUGCUCCUUCUCCCAGCCUCGUCUCCUUCUAUACCCCUGCUCCUUCCCCUCCCAGAAGGGACUGGAAGCCUCCUUGCUCCUUGUGGGCUAAAGUCACUUGAACUGCGGCUCUUGAGACCCUUUGCUGAGACCCUCUGGAAUAUUUCCACCGUAUCUUGGUCUUCAGGUGGAGCCAUGGUCCACAGGCUGGUUGUUUCUUGUGUGUCUUUUUGCUCCUUUAGAAGGUAGACCAAGAAGAUUUGGAGUUUUGACAGCUUCGUUGCAAACACCCAUCUGGCAUUUUCACGUCUCUGGGGCAUCGUGACCAAUUUGAAACGUCUGACUUGGGGUGGGGUUGGGGGAUGACUUCUGUGAGAAGGGAAAGCCAUAUUUCACUCUAAGUGGAAUUUCCCUCAAAAAGCAUUAGGAGCUCCUUUCUCAAGGACGAGAAACAGCGGCAACAAAGAUUGGUUGAAAAAACAGUUCUUGCUUCUGCUAGCGGACUUAGUCUCCUCUGCCUCAUGUGUCUGUCUGCUUAGGAAGGAGACCUCGGACCUGACAAUUCCCCAGCUAAAGGGCUGCCCUUGGGAGGGUUAUUUAUGAUCAGGUGCGUUCGUGAAGGCCUGGGACUCCAUCCUAAGGUGACAUUUCAAAAAACCUUUUUUUACCAAAUGUCUGUGCCGGGCACUGUGGUGGGAGCUGUCAGGUCUUAUCACAUUUUGUCACUACAGCCCUGUCAGGUGGCAUUCUUAUCCCUAUUGUCCCCCUCUCUACCCCUUUUUGUUAAUAGUUGGAGAAGUAGACUGAGAGAGGGGUGGACCAGUGAUCCUCAAAUUGGCACCCCGGAGCCCCCAAGGAAGUGGCGGAGAGCGCUGAGCUGGGGCCAGCAGCGGUCUGGGAGCCUCCCCACCCCAUGUUUUCCUCUGCCGCCUUCCAGAUCUGCUGAGCCCCAUGGGGGCGGGGGAGGGAUUGCCUUUCCAUAGGCUCAUUAAAGAUUCAGUGACACUGUUGUUCAAAUUGUGCCCACCCCACCCCACCUCAGUCCAGAGUGAGGCAUAUGAACAAAAGCUUGAAACGGCAAGCCUAGACCGGAAGCUGUUGGGAGUUACUCCCCUCUCAACACUAGUGUUAUCCUUGGAGUCCGCAUCGCUCUCGGACAGAUGCUUCGUCUACUGGCUUGUGGAAAAGGUGGUUGUGUAGUGGAGCGUGAGAUGGGGAAGCAAAUACAGUACGACGAUUUGUGAGGCUGAGAUGUGGCAGAGCUGCAGGCUGUGCCCUUCAUGAUGGCCUGUCUUGGCGUUCGGAAUGGUCACUCUACAAGAGCUUCUCAGGGCCGUUUCCGAGGCUUCAAAGAGAGCCCAGUGCCCAGGGGGUCCUUUGCACCUUCUGUGUGGCUGCUUUGCCCCGCCAGGCAGGUGGUGACGCUCACACUGCCUAGUGGUUGUGGCUCACAUCCUGCCCUGGGUGGGGGUAGGAGAGGAGGGCUGCUGUCCUGACAGAUGCAGCAUGAACAAAGCCGGAAUUUAAGCUUCUGACUUGAGUUUCCGUGUCCACCCUCUAUGAAAUCCUACAGUGGACUCUGCUGUUUCAGGCCCCACUUAAUGUCCUUUGUUUGCCCUACAUUCUUACAUAUUUAAGAUUUGAGCAAUAACCCCACUUCCUGAUUUCCUUGAAGUUUGAGCCCCAGAACCACCAGGGGCUGGAGCUUCCCUUAGCCUGGGGUGGUGGCACACAGACCUCCGUCCUCUCCUAGCGGGUAGUAGUCACAGUGUGGUGUUACCUGAGAUGAAGGAGAUGCAGGUAAACAGUAGCCACAGUGGCCAGGAACCCUAAGAGGAAGCUGUUAUCUUCACCCCUUCUGGAGGGUCUGUGUCCUCUCCCAGGAAGGAGCUCAGAAAGAGUCCUUAAGACCUUGGUUCCAUAACCAAGACAUACCUGGGUUAGAAAUGGUCCUUCACUCCUUGUUUCUCAGACAGUUCCUUCUCUCUCUCUCUCUCUCUCCCCCCACCCCCCACCUCUGUAUUCAUUUAGCUCUUUGGUGAGCAGAGACAUCCCAUCAUCCCAUCCAAAGGUGCUGGUCCUCAGUCAGCCUGAUCAGGGAACAGGGCAGCUGCCUACCCUACCACCCGAGCCCAUCACCUGGAGACAGUCAUUGUGUCUAAGCAGUUGACCCAGAGAGAAUGCCAUGGGGCCUGGCUUCUCACACGAGGGCACAGACCAACUGGAGGCCUGUAGCUCCUUCCUGCCACACUCAGGUCUGAGCUCUCCAAUGGCCUCCUGGUGGUGUGGUGAUCCUGGCUGCCUCGUAAAGCCUUUUUUCCUUCCCCUGCCGGGUUCCAUCCCACCAGAGUUCAUGCCCACUCUGGGGCAUCUCCUGGGCGCAGACCCACACUCUUUAAGCCGUCUCACCUGGGGAGAGGUAGUGUCCUGACCACCUGAUCUUGGCAUGUUGGUUGCUCACUUUGCUUUAGGAUCUGCACACCUGGUGUGUGCAAGUGUGUAUGCUUAACUGUUGUGCCAUCUGUGUACCACUGUCACUCCCUGGAGUACACUCAUGGGCACACUACAGUGGGGACAUCAAGGAUGCAAUAUUUAUGGAUUGCUGCAUGAUUCUUAAAAAUGAAUAAAACUGUUUACAAGGGAA